AUGGCGUGGCUCAAGGACUUUGUCGACAAGGCGACGGAGGAGUAUAGGAAGGAAAUGCAGUUGGAGAAGGAGAGACAGCAGCAAUUUACGGAUCAUCAGCUGAGAAAAGAAGAACAGAAAAGUUUAAGGCGUGGACGGGUUGGGCAGGGUGCUUCGUCUCAGCAGCAGUAUGGACAGUCGACUUAUCAACAGCCUCAGAGUCAACAGUAUGGACAACCUCAAAGCCCACAGUACCAAAGUCAACCACCUCAAUACUAUGGGCAACACCAGAGUCCACAAUAUCCAUCUCCGCCAGCACAAUACAAUCCACAGCCAAGCUACCAAACACCUCCACAAUCACCAGAGACAAUGGAUCGUAGAACUCAGUAUUACGCCGACCUAGCCAAAUUCCAAGCCCAAGCCCAAGCCCAAGCCCAAGCCGAGCAAACACAGACGACCCAAGCAAAGACCCAAGCACAGCAGCUCGAAACGCAAUGGCGCGAAGCGGAACGACUCGCGGCGCAGUACAAGGCCGAAUAUCAAGCACAAAUGAGGCAAGCAGAGGAACAAAUGGCGAAUAUGGAUAUUGAACGGAAUAAUGAAGCGGAGAGGCGGAGGGCAGAGGAAGAAGCGACCAGUUUGAGGUUGGGACAGGAGGAGCUUGUGAAAGAGCAGAAGAUGUUGUUUGCUGAGAUUAAACGACAGAGACAACAACAGAAGAGGGGAGAGGAUGGUCAUGAAGAGAGACCGCCUUUACCGCCGAGGGUUAGCACAGAGGAUGCUGCACCGCCGCUACCGAGGAGACAGGUUUCUGCAGCUGAAAGUGCGAGUGGAAGUCCGAGUUCUAGAAGGUCGACUCCUUAUCAUUACUCUGGUCAGAAGGAGUCGCCUAUUCCACCUCAGAGUCAUCAGAGUCAUCAGGCCCCUCGAGCUCCCCAGGCUCCCCAGGCUCCCCAGGCUCCCCAGGCUCCCCAGGCUCCCCAGGCUCCCCAGGCUCCCCAGGCUCCUAAGACUCCUCAAGCUCCUAAGACUCCUCAAGCUCCUCAGGGUCAUCAAAGUUCUCAGGCUCCUCCCCCUCCUCCCCCUCCCCAAGCUCCUCAGGGCCAUGUAUCGUCUGCUCCUCCUCCCCCGCCGCCACCACCUGGGCCUCCUCCAGUACUGUCCACGGGCCGAAAUCAGAAGCAGGGUGCCGGACAAGCUCCUCAACGACAGGUGCCUCGACCACAGACAAAGACACAGGAGCAGGUAGUUCCAGAACGAAGCCCUUUCACUCCACCAACCCCCGAGUCACUUCGGUCACAUAAACUAAGAAAAUCUUUCCAUACACCAUCUCCUUCCACCGAGAGUAUCCCCUCUCAACAAUCACCAGAGACUGCACCUUAUUCACCUCGUCCAGUCCGAAGUCCCCGUCAACAGAAAACUCCUCCUACUCCAUCGAAAAAACCUCCUCGUGUGAGGACGCCAGAACCCGCAUACAGACAUCCGAGCGGUGCCAAGCCUGGAGCCGAAUGUGCAGGAGCUCUGACUUCUUUCCCUCAAGACUGGUUCUAUUACCCCUCGGUUCCUGAAUUCGUUAUUUGUGCUCGUUGCUAUGUUGAUCAUAUUUACGAUACCGAAUUCCGCAGCUCAUUCAAAAAGACGUUUCACAGCGAUGGUGAAAAGCGCAAGUGUCGGUUCAGCAGCAGACGCGUUAAAGACCACCUCUUCCCUGCGGCGGUCAAUUCUGGAAGUCUGGAUCAACUUGUCGAGUAUAUGCACAAGAGAAUCACCAUCAAAGACUGCAGGGAGCAGAAUGCCGUUGAGGGGGAGCUGUGGUACAAGGCAGCCGACAUCCCCAACGGGACCAUUUGUCAGGCUUGUUUCGAGGAUGGUCUUAUUACUUCCUCGUUUGCCAAGUACUACACCCUUCAAGAGAGUCAAGGAGGUGCCAACUGUGACUUGAGCAUGUGGUUUCUCAAGCGCAAGUUUAUGGAGUAUGCCAAAGAGAAUAGAUGGCAGGAGUUUUGUCGACAAUUCAAUGACAGAGCGCAGUUACCGGAUUGUCCAAAGCUCAACGUCGUCAAGGCUAGUAACUAUACGUGGUACAAGCCCAAAUCUGGACCAGAGGGGCUGCAGGCUUGCGGAGCGUGUUACCAUGAUUACUUCUUGGCUUCAGAAGACGAAGACAAAUGGAAUCAGAUCGUUGGAGGUGACUUUGGCACGAGAUGUAAUCUGGGCCAACUGAACCAUGUCAUCCCCAUGCACCAGGCCAUGGAUGAUGAGGACAGAAGUCUCUUUUGGAACGCGGCGAAGGAGAUCGACAAGUAUCCGUUUUGCAACAGCCAGGGAACCAAGGGUGGUGUUUGGUACACGCUCAUAAACGAUGCACCAUGGGGUAUCUGUGCUGCAUGUUAUGAGGGUAUCGUGAAGCCAGUCGGAGGAUCGAGGUGGUUUAUGAGAGACACGGAUGUCACGCCCGAUGGCGUGUACAUGUGUGGCUUCAGCUUUGGACACCCACGCGCAUUCAAAGCUCUAGAAACAUACGCCAAUGCCCGGAACUGGGGAGAUGGUAGGAUGCUUCUUGACUGGGCUGCGCAAUGGGGCUCGGUAGAACCAUGUCCAGGGAUCAAGUUCAGCAAGAACAGGCGCUGGUGGGGAUGGGGAGAUGCAGCCAUCUGCGAGGAAUGCUAUAAUUCUUUCGCCAAAGGGACAGCUCUGGAGCCUCAAUUCGCACUCACGGGCCAGAAAGAACCCGAGAAGGAACGCAUGUGCGAUCUGUUCUCGUCUCGUAUGAGGAGCCGAUACGAUGAAGCAUGCACGACAGGUAAUCUUGAAGGGUUCCUCAUAAUGGCAGAGCAGCGACAUAUUGUCUACACACAGACUAUUAUGCAAUGCGAGGAGAUCCUCAAUCAACAAAAGAUAGCUGCUGUGCAGGCGCAGAUGUUGGGCACGCAGGGCACCUUUUACAAGAGCAUGGGAAUGACGCAUGACUUGGCUGUUGGACAUACACACACAGUUGGGAACGCGUAUGCUGGGUAUGGCCAUGAGAAUGAGUAUGUGCUUCAGGGACAUACGUUUGAUAGGCAGGCGAGGGAGAAGGCGGCUGAGGUUAUGAGUGGUGGACCAACGAUGAAAGUGCAGAUGCUUGAGGCGAGGUGGAAAGAGGUUGAGUGA